AGGAGACUUCACACGUGCUGCUGUUCCACGCAGAGAGAGAGUCACUGUGAGGAACAGACACAGAGAGGAGGAAGCAAAGAGGACCGUCGCCUGCAUUGAUAUAACACGCUAAACCAGAAAACAUGAGUCCAGGGUUCACCCCUCGCGGGCGUGGAGGAUUUGGGGACAGAGGAGGCGGAAGAGGACGGGGAGGCUUUGGUGACCGGGGAGGAGGAAGAGGACGAGGAGGAUUCGGUGACAGGGGAGGACGAGGAGGAUUCGGUGACCGGGGAGGAAGAGGUGGAUUCAGGUCCCCAGAUGGUGGAGGAUUCCGGGGCAGGGGUGGCGGCAGAGGUGCCCCCAGAGGAAGGGGUGGCGGCAGAGGAGGAUUCGGAGCAGGAAAGAAGAUCACGGUUGAGCCACACAGACAUGAAGGUGUGUUCAUCUGCAGAGGGAAGGAGGAUGCCCUGGUGACCAGAAACAUGGUGGUUGGGGAGUCAGUGUAUGGAGAAAAGAGGAUGAGUAUUGAGGAAGGAGAAACAAAGAUUGAGUACAGAGCCUGGAAUCCGUUCCGUUCAAAGCUGGCAGCAGCCAUCUUGGGAGGAGUUGACCAGAUCCACAUCAAGCCCGGCUCAAAGGUCAUGUACCUGGGAGCUGCCUCUGGCACCACGGUGUCCCACGUUUCUGACAUUGUUGGACCUGAGGGGCUGGUCUACGCUGUUGAGUUUUCCCAUCGCUCAGGUCGUGACCUUCUCAACGUGGCAAAGAAACGCACCAACAUCAUUCCCAUCAUCGAAGAUGCCCGCCACCCACACAAAUACCGCAUGCUUGUUGGCAUGGUGGAUGUGAUUUUUGCUGAUGUUGCGCAGCCUGACCAGACAAGAAUUGUUGCUUUGAAUGCUCACAACUUCCUGAAGAAUGGAGGACACUUUGUUAUCUCUAUUAAGGCUAACUGUAUAGAUUCGACAGCGCCUCCAGAGGCAGUGUUUGCCUCAGAGGUAAAGAAGAUGGCUGGGGAGAACAUGAAGCCACAGGAGCAGCUCACACUGGAGCCCUACGAGAGAGACCACGCUGUGGUGGUCGGCAUUUACAGAGCUCCACCAAAAGACAAGAAAUGAUGUUUGGAGGAAGGCGGGAACUGAUGACUAUUUUCAACCACCAUCUACUUUUUCUACUUGUCCCUUGCCCUAUAUCUGCCUGUCAUGUCAUGAGGGUUGGAUUCAGAGGGAAUCCCUUUUUUUUUUAGUUAACUGAUGCCAGCUUCCAGCUGUUGGAGUCGUUGUAUUACUGAUAAGGUUGGGAGCACAUUGUAUAACUUGGAGACCAUUUAGCCCGGGACUGUGAUCUGAGUUGAUGGCACUAUUGGAACAAGUCAUGUCAGUUGUUUGUAGGUUUUAUAAAAUGUAAAUGUUAAUGUCUAGCUGGACCACCCUUAUUACACCAGGACGAUAGGGACGAUGUGUUAAAUAUCCUAUGUGUUGGGGAUACUUAAUUCAUCUGUGAACAAUGUCCUACUCUUACCAUGUGUAUUUAAGCAGACAGGAUAAACUGUUAAACCUAAAGCUUUGUAAAAAACUUGUGUGCAGUUACGCCAGUUUGCAUAUCUACUGCAUGGUUUGACUUUGGCUCCAGUGAGGUUUUUUUUGUUGCCAACGAUUUUUAUUUCAAUAUGUUAUCACUUUUCUUAGCUCCGGAGUCUUUUCUUACUGAAGGUCCUUUUCUUAAUGACAUGUUUUGGCUGGUCCCUUGCUCUUCUCAUAACGGCCCUUAUCAGGGUGCUUCUGAUUCCAGACAGUACAAUCCUGUAUAGGUAGGCACAUCCCACUCAUACUGGCUACUAUAUUUAGUGUUAAAUAAUAAUCUGUCAGAUUUUACGUAUGGUAAAAUAAAAUGGUCUUAUGUUGUGUGAUCAAUACCGUUACUUUGUGGGUAAAGAUCCCUUAAUGCUGAUCUGUUGACUGGCGAGGUUGUAAACUUGACCCUGCGUGUACAGACAUAUAUAGAUGGUGACCUUUUCACAUAAACUUGUAAUUUGAUAAAAGUAUCGCUUUUGUGUUGGAGGAAGGAGCAGAAGGAUGUAACUUGAAACAAUGUAUGCUUUGAACAGUUUAUAUAUUUUGACAUAAACGGCAACUUUGUUUUAAUAAAAUGUUUAUGAUUGUU